AUGGCUAACAACGUGACCGCUACCAAAGAGGCUACUAAGCGUACAUUCACUUGCAGUUUCUUCCGUGAGGAUAUGACACAUCUGAUUCAGUUGAGCACUUUAGUUACUGGGCAUAACUUGGAUGAGUUUAGGAAGACGUAUGGCCAUAUCUUGUACAUGUUGACUUCUCACGUUGAUGAAUGGGCUCUAUACACGCUUCUUCAGUUCUAUGAUUUUGAGCUACGCUGUUUCACCUUUCGUGACUAUCAACUGCCUCCUACCCUUGAAGAGUAUGCUGGCAUUCUCAAGAUUAAGGUUCAACGUAAAAUCCCUUUUGUAUGUGUACCUGAGAAGCCAAAAAUGGACCGAAUUGCUGGUGCUCUUUAUUUGAGCAUGAAGGACGUUACAGGUAAUUGGAAGCCUAAUGGUGGAACCCACGGAUUCCAUGUGAAAUUUCUGAUAAAGAAGGCCGACGCCCUUGCUGUUGAGAAGAAAUGGAAAGAAUUCAACGCUCUCCUAGCCGUUAUGAUCUAUGGUUUGGUGUUGUUCCCGAAUAUCCCUAAUUUUGUCGAUCUAACUAUUGUUUGUCUCUUCAUGGAUCAAAAUCCUGUGCCCACUCUUUUAGGAGAUACUUAUUAUACCAUUCAUUCCAGGUAUGGGAAGAAAGGAUCAGUUGGGGGUUGUUUACCGUUGCUAUAUGAGUGGUUCACUUCACACUUGCCUAAAAUUGGGCCGUUUGUUACGAUGAAAGACUCACAGAAAUGGCCUCAAAGGAUCAUGGGGCUUACUGCAAAUGACAUUGUCUGGUGUCCUAUCGGAAUGGGCAUAGAGGAAGUUAUAACUAGUUGUGACAAGCCUUUGGACAAAGAGAUAUUCGAAUCUGUUUGCUUUGAGAAGGGGACUGAUCCAAAGGGUCUAGAAAAAGUGAGGAGCGCCUGGGACAACAUCCAUACAGAUGAUCAGACUUCCCUAGGUGAGAAAAAUGCCGUUGCCAAACAAGCCUAUACAGAUUGGGUCAAAGAUAGAGUUAAAGAUCGCCUGUUCCCUUUCCCGAAGGUUAACCCAUUGUACGAACAACCACCUGAGGUUCUAACUACCGCUAUGCCUACUGAGAAUUGUAUCCAAGUAGAUAUGGAAAGCACCCAAUUGCACGAAAAGAGGUCAGAUACGCAACUAAAACAUUAUCUUGUAGACCAGGAAAAGACUGAGUUGACACACGAAGCCAAAAUGCUGAAGGGAGGAUCUUCCAGAGUUCAAAAGAAGGCUAGAACGGAAAAAGGUGAAAGAGAUACUACUGUUGUUGUUGAGGAUCACCAGAAGAUCAUAAAAGGGGCCAUAAAAGAGGCAGAAGAGAAACUCAAGCGAGAGUAUAGAGAAUACUUGAAGGCUUAUAAACUCAAGAUAGAAAGGGAGGCUAGAGCUGAAGUGAAGAGUCAGAAAAAGAAACUGGAAGAAGAGACCACCCAAAGAAUAGCAGUUGAGACUCAGUUGAAAGGAAGUCACCUCCGUACCACCCGACUAACAGAAGAGAAUGCCAAGCUCAAAGAUCAAAUGAUGGGUGUGGAGAAUGCACCUGAGAAGGCUUAUCUCCUAGAAUGUAAAGGAUGUGACGAACUUAGGGAGUGCUGCAAGAAUCUAGAUGGGCAGUUAUUCCGAAAGGACGUGGUAAUCCAAAGCUUCGUCAAAGGAAGAGAUAGGUAG